AUGUCGAAUGGGUCAUGUAUUUAUUACGCUCAAGGAAGAUGCAAUAAAGGAGAGAACUGCAAUUUUUUGCACGUAGAUACACUUACCAAAUAUUCACACAAAGGUAACAGUAACAGACCCAAUAUAUUCGAAGUGUAUGGUCGUGAAGUAGCGGAUGAUCUAAGACAUCCAAUAGCCUGGAAAUAUAGUUCAUAUUCACUUCCUCUACAUACGAAUCUUAUUAAUGGCUGUGACCAAUCACCAGAAGAACUUAGAUUCAAGGCCUAUGAAGCUCGUCAGAAUAAUACUUUUCAGGAAUACGAAAAUGACCUUCGUACCAAGGAGCGAGAUUUCAUUGCCAAGCUAAAGUACGUGAAGGAUGAUACAAGACGAGCUGGACGAUAUUUGGAAAAAUCCGAAACGCAAUCAAUGAAGCCCUAUGGCCCACCAGAAUCUUCGGUUAGCUCAGGGUUUGGCUCCACUGGAUCAUUUGGUUCCACUGGAUCCUCAGGUUCGGCGUUUGGUUCUACAGGCGGUACAGGUUUUGGAUCCAAUGCUUUUAAAUCAUCUGGGGGUUUUGGAGAUACUUCCGGUUCAUCUGGGAACAGUGCCUUUGGCAGUACGUCGGGCUCGUUUGGUGGAAGUGGAUUUGGCAGCUCUGGAGGGUUCGGUAGCUCUGCUUUUGGAGGCAGUUCGGGCUUUGGUAGUACAAAUACAGCCAAUGCCAGUGGCACUGCUUCCAGUGGUGGAAGCGCAUUUGGCAGUUCUGGUUUUGGAAGCCAUGGGUUUGGCCAAUCGUCUUUGGUAAAUACUAGCACCGCAGCUGGUAAUGCGUUUGGUAGUGGUUCAAAAUCGACGCCAUUUGGCAGUGGAUCAUCGUUUGGCAAUAGUGGCUCUGCUUUUGGUUCGUUAGCAUCUACUGGUAACUCUAUAUUUGGCAGCGGUGCUAAUAAUAGUAGUAGCAACAGCAACACCACAACCGGUACUAUUGCAGGUUCCUCGGCAUUUGGACAGCCUUCUACCCCAUCUUCGACAUCAGUAUUUGGACAAACCUCUUCAUCUGCAUCCAAUUCAGCAUUCGGACAGACAGCUUCUCCCGCAUCCACCUCUGCAUUUGGACAGACUGCUUCUCCUGCUUCCACUUCGGCUUUCGGGCAAACGAAUUCUCCUGCUUCCACCUCAGCAUUUGGGCAGACUUCCACUCCAAGUGGUUCGUCGACUACUUUUGGAAAUCCCUCUCCGUUUGGCACCUUAGGUACUACCACUAACACAUCAUCAACCGGCUCUGCAUUUGGGCAGCAUUCGUUUGGAAACUCGCCUGCUGCUUCGCCGUUUGGUGCACUUACUGCAUCCACUGCUGGGACCCCAUCGCCAUUUGGCCAAACGGGCACUUCCACAGCGUCGGCCUUUGGUCAGAACAGUAAUCAAGCAGCAUCUUCUACACCAGCAUCGCCAUUUGGUCAAUUAGCAUCUAAAACCACCGGUAGUUCGAAUCCGUUUGAUGUACUCGCAUCUGCUGAUGAGUCAGGUAAAUCAGAAACCACCUCUUCAACUACCCCCUCUACUGCCACUGGGGGAACUACCUCAGCUUUUGGAGCAUCGGCUUCACCAUUUGGUUCACUUACAACGAACGGUAAUCAAAAUGGUUCCCAACCCUCUGAUUCUGUGUCACCAUUCGGAUCACUUUCAUUGGGUGGAAAUAAUACAAAAGAGGAGUCUACUACUUCUCCAUUUCAGAAACCAGCAUCUUCAGCAUUUGGUCAAAGUGUCAUGACUUCCUCCUCUCCUUUCGGCCAGAAUAGUUCAAACUCGACAUCUUCAGCAUUUGGGAAACCCUCUACAACCUCACCGUUUGGUCAGCUAUCAUCUACGACCUCUGGUUCUCCAUUCGGACAACUCGGUCAGACUGGUGCGUCGGCCUCUCCUUUUGGCCAAUCUUCAACACCAGCUGAAACAAACGGAUCGUCGGCUUUUGGAAGUUCCUCAUUUGGUCAAGCUACUUCUGCUUUUUCAUUCGGCCAAGCUCCGACUGCUUCACCCUUUGGAAAAGCUCCUGCUACUUCCCCCUUUGGCCAGCCUCAACAAUCAACUACUUCUGGUUCUCACAAGCCUGAAUCUAGCUCUGAGCCAUACGUCCAAGGAAACGGUACUGAGACUCUGCUUACUAUGGACCAACUUAGUCGUGAGUUCCAGGAAGCGUUCAACUCACCAAGUUUCGCCCUUGGAGAGAUCCCUGAAAUCCCACCACCCAUUUCCUGUAGAUAA